AAGUCUCCGCCUAACGGGCCGGGCCCGCGCCUCCUGUCCUGGAAGGGGGCGGGGCCCGAAGCCCCUCGGCGCGCGGCGCCAUAGAGCGGGCACGGAGGACCCGUGUCCUAGACGUGUCCGGAAGUGGCUCCCAGGGGCGUCCGCUCCGUACCAUAGAGCUUGGGGGGCGGCGGCUAGGGGGUCGCCGGGCUCGCCUUCCUAGAGCGGCGAGGACGGGGUGGAGGCUGGAGGGGGAGUGGGAAGGGGAGGGGGAGCAGCGCGGGCGGAAGCGGCCAGGAAGGUCACUUCCGGCCUGGGCGCCCGUCCCCCUGACCCCAGGGUCUGAGUCGCCGCUGCCGCCGCUGCCACCAUCCGCGAGGGAGCAGAGAGGAGGAGUGCGGCGCGGCGGCCCCGGGACCGAGGAGGGACCCAGACAUGGAGCUUCGGGAAGAGGCCUGGUCUCCGGGGCCGCUGGAUUCCGAGGACCAGCAGAUGGCCAGUCAUGAGAACCCAGGAAUCGUAAUUGGCAAUGGUGGGAUCUCUCUCCGAUUCCGGGCCUGGCGUCCAGGUCUCUGGCCCGCACUGAGGCAGCUACUUGCUCCUCGGUGGUUAUCUCGAAACUAACGUGGGGUCAGCAAUGGACAUCCUCAUCAUGGAUGAUGACGACGUCCCCAGCUGGCCCCCCACCAAGCUGUCCCCGCCCCAGUCGGCGCCCCCCGCCGGCCCCCCGCCCCGGCCGCGGCCCCCGGCCCCCUAUAUCUGCAACGAGUGCGGCAAGAGCUUCAGCCACUGGUCCAAGCUGACGAGGCACCAGCGCACGCACACGGGCGAGCGGCCCAACGCCUGCGCCGACUGCGGCAAGACCUUCUCGCAGAGCUCGCACCUGGUGCAGCACCGGCGCAUCCACACGGGCGAGAAGCCGUACGCCUGCUCCGAGUGCGGCAAGCGCUUCAGCUGGAGCUCCAACCUCAUGCAGCACCAGCGCAUCCACACGGGCGAGAAGCCCUACGCCUGCCCCGACUGCGGCCGUAGCUUCACGCAGAGCAAGAGCCUGGCCAAGCACCGGCGCUCGCACAGCGGCCUCAAGCCCUUCAUGUGCCCGCGCUGCGGCCGCGGCUUCAGCCAGCCCAAGAGCCUGGCGCGCCACCUGCGGCUGCACCCGGAGCUGUCGGGGCCCGGCGUGGCGGCCAAGGUGCUGGCGGCCAGCGUGCGCCGGGCCAAGGCGCCCGAGGAGGCGGCGGCGGCGGACGGCGAGAUCGCCAUCCCCGUGGGCGACGGCGAGGGCAUCAUCGUGGUGGGCGCGCCCGGCGAGGGGGCCGCGGCGGCCGCCGCCAUGGCGAGCGCGGGGGCCAAGGCGCCGGGGCCCCGCUCGCGGCGCGCCCCGGCCCCCAAGCCGUACGUGUGCGUGGAGUGCGGGAAGGGCUUCGGGCACGGGGCGGGGCUCCUGGCCCACCAGCGCGCCCAGCACGGGGACGGGCUCGGGGCGGCGGGGGGCGAGGAGCCCGCGCACAUCUGCGUGGAGUGCGGCGAGGGCUUCGUGCAGGGCGCGGCGCUGCGGAGACACAAGAAGGUGCACGCCGUGGGCGCGCCGUCCGUCUGCAGCCGCUGCGGACAGAGCUACUACCGGGCGGGCGGGGACGACGACGACGACGACGACCACGAGGCGGCGGGGGGGCGCUGCAGCGAGUGCCGCGGCGGGGAGGGCCGGUAGGGGCGGAGGCCCGGGGGGGGGGGCAGGGCCCCUCGGGCUUGGCGGGGACGACGGUCGGAGCAGGACCCGGAGGAGGCGGAGACAUGGACUGAGGCGGCGGGGGGGCGGUGGCCUCCUCGUCUCGCUCCCCUGCGCCGCCCCGCGGUCGGCGCGGUGCAACGGGCGCCCCCGCCCUGCAGUCUGCCCCCGGCCUGGCCCGCCCUCCCGGUUCUCUUCUCGGUGAGUCCGGGACAGACCGUGCGGAGAACCGGAGACCGGAGACCGAGAGAGAGCGGCCCCUGGCCCCUCUUCCUCUUCCCCCGCCGCCUGGGGCGCUCGCGAGGGAUGGAGAGCAGCCGGGCCCCUCCCGUGCAGGGGAGCCUGGGGAGGGAAGGGAGAGAGGGCCCUUUUCCCUUUAGAGUUUUCGUUUAAUCGUGCCCGCCCCCUGACUCCCCCCUCCCAUUGUUUUUUUCUCUUCUUCCCCGCGGGUCCUGUUUUUCUUGGCCCUCGUCCCUCCUCCCCUUCCUGGGUUUGGGGUCGUGGAGGAGCGCUGGAGCAGGACUAGCCCCUGUUCCCAGGGUAGCCCUCAGAGAAUGGGGUCCCGUCUAUUCCCGGGCCUGGACGGGGCUGAAGGAGGGGUGCGGGGGCAAUAAAUCGCACUAUCUGAUUGUC